CUUUAAAUAGGUUAUGUUCAUUGUUUUAAACGUCAGUGUCAAUGCUCUGUCAGUUCGAAUUAAACAAAAUACAGGUAUUUAUUUAUUGAUAGAUUAAUUAACGUUUAAAAUACCUUUGUGAUAAAAGCAGAAAGUGGCACAUAUCAUGGAGAACCCGUUUAUAUCUUCUUAACAUUUCCAAGAAUCAAAUGGUUUCCUUUCAUUUCUAACGCAGCUAUUAUGGAGGAUAGUGCAAGUCAAAAAUCAAAUGAAUCGGUGGCUACGAGCGACGAAUUCGAUUUUGUUGACGACAAACCAGGCGCGAGCAAGACACCGACCUUGAAUAUUAACAACGGGGACCUUAAUGAAUUGAAAAACGCUCUAAAGGAAGUCCUACAGGAACCAAAAACGAACAUGGACACCAUUAUGUCUGAGGAAUCAAGAAAAGUGGGCAAUUCUGUAUUCUUUAGUUGUCCUGUUGCACCAGGUACGGAUCCACUUAGUGUCCCAGUAGAAGUUUCUCCCACAGAAAAGCAAGAUGAAAUGAAGCCUGACAGCAGUGAAGAAGAAUUUUCAGAUGUUGACCAAGAUUGUACGAUAUUCAGUGGGGUUACAUAUUUGGGGGCCGCGAAUAUAAAUGCUCCCAAAUCAGAGGCAGAAAUCCAGCGUAACAUGGCCAUAUUAAAUGAACAGAGCUCAGACCAGGGCAUUAAAAUUGCUGUUUCUGUACCAACAUCCUCACAAGGAGUUGUAGUACUUUAUGAUGCUAGUACACAUUCUGUGAUUGCCAGAUAUGAAAUACACAGAAUCCUGUUUUAUGCUCGAGGGGCCAUUGAUAGUGAAGAAGCAAGUUGUUUUGCUUUUACCUGGUCACACGGAGACACUCAAGAAUCUGCCAUUUUUCAGUGCCAUGUCUUCAGGUGUGAUAUUGCCGAGGCCGUCAGCAGAGUCUCUGCGUGUUUUGCAAAGGCUUUCCAAAGGGUUCCGAGAUCCAUGAGCAGCUCGGUGGCAUCUGCAACUGAAAUGACUGGCUCCAUAACAACCCUGCCCGAAGCCAGGACUCUGAUGUACGUGUUUGAAGUGAAUCUCGAAAUAAAAGAAGACGAUGGAAGAGGUACAUUUUCGACUGUCCCGAAAGACAGGAGCGGCUUCAAAUUGCGCGUUAACUUAGACAAGCAACUUUAUCUCAGCAUUCGUCAGGUGUCGGAUAAUGGACUCCAACUGUUUAUUGAACGUUGUUUUGGGGUCUUGAUAGCUCCUGGGAGACAUGUCAGACACUCCGACAUGCAACUCCUUGAAAUGGUGCAGUUGGGACCCACCAAUUCCAGCGGCGAUAAGACGUCGUCAGUCAUUUCGGCCUCGUGGGACCCUACUGAGCCCCCUUUUAAUCUCUUGAACACAGAGACCCCGAAAGACACUAAACAAUACAUGACAGUGGCCGUUGAUUUAGUUAUUAGGGGCAUACAAGAGCCCGUGAGGUUCCAAAUGGAAACUUUGGUGAAGACUUACUCUCAAAACGAACGCUUUUGGUAUUUCCAAAAAAGGACUUUAGUACAGCAAUUCUUUCUCAACUUAAAAGAGGUGGUGACUGGUGACUUGGGGGAGACAGUCUACGAAGUCUUGGGCAUGGAAACGUCCGGAGAAUUAGACAGGAAUAGACUAAACUUGACACUCAAUCUGUCUAGCUUAAUUCAAUCUCCUAGCAUCCCUUCGGUGGAUAGCAUAACACCCAAAGACGAUUAUCAUUCAGAUGGUGACGAGCCCCUGUUGAGUGGAACAGGUCUGGUGUCCAAAGACUGUUCCGAAGAUGUCCUAGAUAAUUGGGCCGAUGUUCUGAGUCGUUGGAAGACGACCAAACAAAGGCCAAAGCAACUUUCAAGUCUUGUGAGACAUGGAAUCCCAGAAGCUUUGAGGGGCGAAGUUUGGCAGCGUCUCGCAGGUACCGAGGAAAAUUCUCAAAUGAUGAACACUUACAGGAUACUCAUAACUAAAGAGAGCGCGUGCGAAAAUGUAAUACAAAGGGAUAUUGCAAGGACUUUUCCUGCCAAUGACUAUUUCAAGGAAGCGGGAGGCCUGGGACAGGAUUCACUUUACAAAGUCAGCAAAGCAUAUGCGGUGUAUGACUCUGAAGUGGGAUACUGCCAGGGACUCAGUUUUUUAGCAGCUACUUUACUUUUGCAUAUGCCCGAAGAACAAGCUUUCUGUGUUCUUGUUAAAUUGAUGUACGACUAUAAUCUUCGGGAUUUGUACAAAGAUGGGUUCGAUAAUUUGUAUCUUCGUCUGUAUCAGUUGAACAGACUUAUCGAGGAGCAACUGGGGACCUUGUGGAGCCACUUGAGAGAGCACAGCGUCGAGACCCACAUGUUCGCUUCCCAGUGGUUUUUGACCUUGUUUACCGCCAGGUUUCCCUUGUACUUUGUCUUUCACGUAUUGGAUAUUUUUCUUCUGCAAGGAAUCGAUACUUUGUUUCAAGUAUCACUGGCACUUCUUACUAUGUGUAAGAAGGAUUUGCUACAACUCGACUUCGAAGGGAUUCUAAAAUACUUCAGGGUUCAAUUGCCAAAAAAAUGUCGUACUGAAGACGCUGCAAAGCAGAUUAUAAAGGCAGCCUGCAGUUUCAAAUUGAAGAAACUCAAAAAAUACGAAACUGAAUUUAUUGCAAUGAAAGACGACUGGGAAAUUAUCAUGUUGGAUUCAGAAGCAGCUGAUAACGCGGAAUCGGAGGCAUCGGAGAUGGAGCAGCUCAAAGCCACGUUGACUCGUCUAGAAGACGAGAGAAGGAUCCUACUCGACGAAAACGCCCAACUCAAAGAGAUGCUUAAGAGAGAAAUUACCAAAGCAGAAGCAAGCGAUUUAAAGAAUAUGAACAUCAUUAAUGAUUAUAAAUUGGUACGACAAAGGCUUGAAAUGCAACUCUUUGCUGUCAGGGGUGAUUUGAAUAAAUUAAAGGAAAAAGUAAGCGAGUGUGAGAAAUGUGGCAAAUUAGCAGAUAAUCGCAAGAGUACGGACAACAUAUCACAGUAUGCUACCGAAGAAGACUCAAAAGAAAACCUAUCUCCUGAUCAACUAAAGGCCAUUGAAAGAAUCAGAGAAUUAGAACUCGAACUGGCACAGACGAAACUUGCCCAGGUUGAAGCAGAGUGCAGAAAUCAGGACCUUACUCAUCAACUUCGGGCCACUGAAUCUGAACUUAAUACGGCGAAGAAUUCGUGGCCCCCUUGGUUAAGUAGAACCUUGACAUCGAUAAAAGAGGUAGCAAAUAAAAAAGAUUUCCCCCACUUUACGUAUUCGCCCGCGGCUACACCCUCGUUUGUGUCACACGUGAGCGUUAUUAGAAGAGAAAGUGCCCCAAUGAAGGGUAGCGACUCUUGCGACGAAUUAGAUUCACGUAGAGAAUCCGCCCCUAAUAUUAAAGAUUCCCAAAGUUGUUCUAGUCUUAAGGCACAGAACUGAUCUUGGCUUUUUUUCAGUCAUUAACCAGUGACUGUAAUGAUUAUUUUUUCUCAUUGAAACAUUAAAACGAUCCAGACAAGUCCUAAAAUCUAUUUACAAUAAGUUAAUAUAUUAUAUUGUUAUAUUAUAUUAAAGA